GUGCAAUGCCUUCAAUCGAAAAAGUAUUAGCAUGGUGAACGUUUUAAGCAGUCUACUUGUCUGCGGACUGGUACUUGUCAGUGCCGCACAACUGAAAGACGAUGUCCUGCAGGAUUACCAGCGUUUAAAAAGACUCCGCCCGCUGGGAGUCGAGUUUGCCCAACACUUCCGUAAUGCAUCUCUCACGGACUUGGAUCUAUUCCACCCCCGAAUACCCAGUCAGGAGGAUCUGUUGUGUCUCGCGGACAUGGCGCAGUUCAUGCAGGCGCUCACUGCUGGAAAAUUAUGGGCCCUUAAGAUGAUCGAUGCUUGGGGCUCCAUUCCCUCUGGAGUGCUGACCGGCAAUGCCUACCAUCUGGGUAACUUCGAUGAGUGUGUCAAGAUCAGCGAGGAGAUCACCAGUAGUCACAGCAUACAUGGAAAGUACUGUUUUCUCAUUGUACCCGCCGUAUCCAUUUCGCUCAAGAUCGCAUCUUGCUUUCCGGCUUCCUGCUCUGCGGCACAUAUGGAUACGUUUCUGGAGCAGUUAAUGCAGAAUUUGUUGAACUCAAGCAGCACAAAUAUAAAAUUCAGCGAGGCCAGCUGUCAGACAAGUGAAUCGAAACCUUGGGAUGGAAUGACCAUUUUCACAGUUGUACUUCUUGGCUUGAUGGGUACUAUCGUGGGUCUAUGCACGCUCUACGACUACUUUCUGUGCCAGGAUCAGAGUAGUGUACCUGCGAUUGUGAAGAUUUGCUCUGCACGGGCCAGUUCUCGUGCCAUUUUCCGCAUUGUUGACAGCAAAUCGAAUCCGAAUGUGAUCAGUUGUCUUGAUGGAAUCCGCUGCAUGUCCCUGUUCUGGGUUGUUUUUAGCCAUGAAUACAUAUAUUCGCUAAUUUCUCCAAAUAUAAAUACCUUCAAUAUGAUUUCGUGGGUCGCGGAACCCUUUUCCAGCUUUAUUCUCCACGGAUUUUUUUCGGUUGAUUCCUUUUUCUUUAUUGGUGGCCUACUUGUGGCUACGGUUGCUCUUCGCUCAAUGGAUAAAUCCAAAGGAAAACUGAAUGUGCCGCUUAUGUAUCUGCAUCGUAUUAUACGGAUCGUGCCGAUACUUGCAAUAGCAAUCCUAGUUUACAUAAAGCUGACGCCCAUUGUUUCUGGGGGACCUUAUUUCAAAGGUGGAUUCCAUGGUACAGCCGCCUGUGAAAAGGGCUGGUUCUGGACGCUGCUGUUCGUGCAGAAUUAUGCUACAAGAAAUAUUUGCCUGGAUCACACAUGGUACUUGGCAGUGGAUAUGCAGCUUUAUAUAAUCUCACCGCUUCUGCUGAUUGCUCUGUAUAAGUGGGGCAAAAAGGCAGCAGCUGGCAUCGCGGUUCUUAUGCUCCUACUCUCGUCCUGCCUCUUUGCCACGAUGAUGGUCAACAAAUACUCAUUGCUCUUCAAGAAUGGAACGGAAGGAGAUGCCGGUAGGAAACUGUAUUCUGCCACACAUACUCAUUCGGCACCUUGGCUGAUUGGAUUUCUUUUUGGAUAUUUUCUUCACCUGAAUCGUGGGAAGAAGUUCCAGUUAAGCCGGAUUGUCGUAUGGUCUGGAUGGGUUCUUAGCCUGGCCAUGAUCUUCACCUCAAUCUUUGCCCUGUACCCUGCGACCCAAUGGAGUGCUCCACACCUGUCCACCCUCAAGGAGUCUCUGUACUACACGCUUACCCGAGUGGGCUGGCCCCUAGCCCUGUGUUGGAUCGUCUUUGCCUGCAUGCAGGGCCAUGGCGGUCUGGCAGACAGUUUCCUAUCCUCGCCAUUGUGGCAGCCUCUCUCGAGACUCUCCUAUUCCGUGUACAUCUGGCACCUUUUCGUACAGGAAGUCAACAAUAGAAGCAUUCGUACUAAUACUUAUUUCUCGGACUACAAUUUGAUGCUGAAAUUUUGGUCUGACUUUGGGAUCACUAUUUUGAUGUCGUAUCUGCUUUACGUUGUCAUUGAGGCUCCUUUUGGCGGACUCGAUAGUCUUCUACGAACCCGGCAGCCCCAAGCUCCAAGCGAACAAAAGCAGUCCUCAGUUGAUGUUCAGCAGGACCAGUUGAAUGCCGGAAGUAAUCUGGUUGAGUCCAACGUGCCUAAGGAAGAAGCCACAGAGACUACUCCAGAAUAGUUAAAGAUGUAAAUAUCAAAAUGGGUUUUUUUCGCACUUAUGUAAACCUUUUGUAGAUUACAAAACCACAUAAAAAAGAUGUGAGCUUCCGACUACCCAAA